AUGCAUUUCGCCCCCAUCAUCGUUCUCGCAGCCCUCGCAGCCAGCAUCGCAGCGAGCCCAAUCCCCUCUCCCAAGCAUAAAAAUGUCAACCACGUCCGGGAAGAGCAGCGGGAGGAGCGGAGAGCAGCUAAAGGCCUUCCACUGAAGAAACACCCUUCUCGUCGGGACCUGUCCGAGUUGGAGCUGGAGACUCGUUCUCCCCCGUCUGGGGAGGGGAAGAAAGGAGAUAAGUCCUCUAGCAAGGGUGACAAGGGCGGCCAACAGCACGGAUCUGGACAGAAAGUGAAGCAGAGGUCUUUGGACGAAGACUUCGAGCUCGACAGUCGUUCCCCCCCGGGAGAGGGGAAGAAACGGGACGAGGAGCUGGAGGUUCGCUCUCCGUUGCGGUCUUUCAAUAAUAAGAUGAUGCCUAAGGGUGGGAGGAAGGAUGAGAGGAGGAGUGAGCGCCGCUCGCUCGAGGACCUCGAAUGA